UUCAGAAUUGACCAAGAGGAAACGCAUAUUUGGUGCUGACGCAAUCUUCUUGGCAUAGUUAUUUAACAUAAGGAAACUCCCACAGGGAAAGGCUUAAAAGAGCUCAGGGAAGGCUGAGACACUUGUCAGACUGUGCCGGCAGUCCAGAGAGCGUGCCGAGUGUUUACGUUCAGUUUCCAACAGGUGACAGCAUGAACGCCGGCCAAGGCCUGCAUCAUUUUUCUUGCAGCUCUCUCAGGGGCGUUGGAGGAUGCGGCUUUACCCACGCAGUCGUUCCCUACAGGGCUGCCAGCAUGCAUGCGGGGAAUAUGACUUAUAUUCCCAUUUCCAUUGAAAAUCCAGCCUGGGUGACCUGUGAGGCAGGGCGGGGAAGCGCUUGGGAGAGCCACGGGAACAUCUUCUUGGACAGAAGCGAGAAGCAGACGAUGCAAGAGCUGAACGACCGCUUGGCUACCUACCUGGAACGGGUGCAUUCUCUGGAGGAGGCCAACACUCAGCUGGAGGGCUGCAUCCGGGAGUGGCACAAUAAGAGAUCUCGGGGCAACCAGUACGACUUUAAGGAAUACGAGCAAAACAUUCUAGACAUGCACGAGCAGAUUGAAAAUGGACGGGUUACCAACGCAGGCGUUGUUCUUCAGAUUGACAAUGCUAAAAUGGCAACAGAGGACUUCAGGAUCAAGUAUGAGAAAGAAAAAGCACUCCGUCAAAGCGUGCAGAAUGAUGUUGAACAAAUCCGUAAGGAACUUGAUAAUAUGACAAUCAUCAUAACUGAUCUGGAAAUGGAGAUUGAAGCUCUCCGAGAAGAUCAUAUACUCAAGAAGAAAAAACAUGAACAGGAUAUGGCAAUGCAUUCCUCUUCCGAGGACUUGAAGGUGGACGUGAAGGUGAACACAGCCCCACCAGAAGAUCUGGCCAAGAUUCUGGCAGGCAUAAGAGAAGACUAUGAAGCAAUAAUUGAAAAGAACAGCAAAAGCCUUGAAGCCUGGUACCAACGGCAGUUUGCAAAAGAGUCGACUGAAGCAAGCCCCAACCGUGAAGAACUACAAACUGCUCGGAAAGAAAUCAUGGAACUGAAUCGCACACUGCAAGCCCUGGAAAUUGAUCUGCAGACCCAGAUAAACAAGAAAUAUGCCCUGGAGAACAGCUUAGAUGAAACCAGAUCUCGCUACUCCUAUCAACUCCAAAGUAUCCAACACGUCAUCUCCAAAUGUGAAGAAGAGCUCGCUGAUCUCCGCCACGAUGUCAAGCGUCAAAAUAACCAGUACAAAGUACUCCUGGGAAUAAAAACUCGCCUGGAAAAAGAGAUUUCCACUUAUCGCCAGCUGCUGGAAGGAAAGAUCAGUGGGACGACAGGCUCUGGGUCAAGUUUUAAAGAACAUGAAGGUUCAAACAGCCAAAAUCUCAAGAAAAUUGUGCGAGACAGUGUGGACGGGCACGUUGUUGCCACACACACUGCUGAGAUCAAAAGACAGGCGUGAC